CUGCUCUAAUUAACCCCUUAUUAGCGAAGGUUUUUGCUUUGCUGUAAAUGCUUAAGGCAAAUCUGCCAGGUUAUACACACAUAGUAUCGAUUCUGCAAGUUCCUUCCAAGAAUCAGGGAAGAACACUUGCAUUUGAAGUUUGGAGAAGGUAACAUGCAGGGGAAGGUGAGCAUAUAUUUCAUACUUUCCCUGAAAAAAACAUACUGCUUGUGUAAUUUGAUGUGCAUACCACACAGAAGGUGGCAAGUCCACAUGGUAUGGACUUUAACCAGGCCACAACUUUGAGUCAAAUUACAUCCAAGCUUCCUGUCGGGAUAGCCCAGGGCUCUGUUGCCAAUUAUUGGGGUGUUUGCACCACAGGGGAGCAAAUCUGUAGUUUUCUGGGCACCUCCACCCCCCCCAGCAUCCCUUCUCCUUUUGUGAGUUGAGGCGAGAGGGGACCUUGACCCCCACAAGCACCACUAUAACAGGGUACUCCCCCCUAGGAUAGUGUCCUAGCCCCUGGUUCACAUUUGAUCCUGAGGAUUUCUAGAUACAUCUUGUAAGGAGAUGCCCUUGGGAUGCCCACUGUUUCACCUUUUGGUAGCUGGAGCCUAGAUCAGCCAGUUCCUGCACUGAGCACUUACCACAAGGAGAGGGCAGCAUGAGGUUGGCUGCCUCCACUCCAUCCCCAUAUGGGCUACCUAGGAGUUCAUCCAGCCCAACACCGAGAUUAUCUAGGAAAAAGUUGGCACCUAUAUGAGUUGCACCUUAAUCUGUAAAGCCACCAUUUGAUGAAGUGGUAGCUGAAGGGCCAGCAGCCAGCAGGAGCCCAGGCAUUGGGUGCCCUCCCAUCCCACACCUGCAGACACCCAGCAUCUUCUGUGAUCCCACAUCCCACAUUCAUGUCCCUCUUGUGCUUCUCAGGCCUGACCCUGGAGCCCCUACCAUUGCUCCCAUCAGUACUGCCCACCUGAGAUCAUGUGGCCAUACUAGGGGGAGUCUGCUGAACCCCAACCACAUGCAGAGGGGGUUAGAACACUGGAGCUCUUCCAGUGGGCCAUAACUGUUCAUGACUUCACCCUGCAGUGCCUGUGCCAGUUGUGCCUGACCAUUGUUUUGCCGUACUCCAAGCUGAUCUAAAAUGGACUGCAUCAGCACAACAGGGCAAGCUAAAUACAGCUAAUGACUCUGAUAACUAAUAGGAGAGAACUUAAUUUCACCAGAGUCGAUGAGACACUGUAUGUUUUCACAGAGUUAAUAAAGCAGUUGGUCACCGGGCAAUGGACCUGAUAAAAAUCCUGGCAGUAGUGAUCAAGAGAAUGAUUAAAGAGUUUAACUGAUUGAAAUGAAUUAGGCAUAGAUCACCUAGGGAAUUUAUUGCUUGGAAUUGGCAAAUUUUACCAAAGUCUUCUGACUGCCUAGUACAAAUAGCCAACGUAAUAUUUAUCUAAACAGAGUAACAGAAUUCUCUCUUUUGGCAAUGACAUAAACAGCGCUUCUGUCCACUUGACAUGCAAGGCUUGAUUCAGCACUGAAAUAUGUUGGUUCCUGGUGGUGUAAUCCAGGGAAUAUAAUGGUGGAAAGUCAGCAUUGCCUUGGGUCUGCCGUGGCUCAAGCCACAACCAGCCAUUCUUGUUUUAAGUUGCUUAAUUUCAGCCUAUAGUUUCAACUGGAUAUAAUAAUUCACUGAAGGCCUGCACAAGGCCCUGUGCAAUGAGUAAGCCUUUCUGUAGUCCCAUGUGGUGGAUACAGUGACCAUAGCCCAAACACUGGAGAGGUUACCUCUGCUCCAAUUCUAAAGAGGCCAGCACUGAGAUGAGCCUUGGGAGAGGUCCAGAGAGAAGCCAUUCACUUCCACUGAUGUGGAUCCAGUCGCCAGGAACCCCUCCCUAGAGGGACAGAAGCAACCCUUCCAGUCUAUAAACUGGACUAGCAGCAAGAAGUGGUGUUGUAUGGCAUCUCAAAGCCUUUCCCUAAAUUGGAAGAGUAUAGAAUUUUAACCUCUCCCUUCUACCCCCACCCACAGACCCCAUGCAGAAUACCCCAAAGACUGUGUAAUCAGGGUUUUUAAUGUUAGUUCUGAGUUUUGUCAAAUGUCUUGGAUGCACUUUUCAAAGAAUAUGUGCACAAACUAUCUGAAGAUGAACAUAUUCAGUCUUUCUCCCCUUCCCCCCACCCCCUACUCCUACUGAUUUUUUUUUACUAAAGCUCCUCUUUCUUUCUGGCUAGAUCUUUGAAACUCUGUCUCUGAAACAUGCUCCUUUAAGGACCUCAUAUGUGGUAUGUUUUUGUCUAUCGUUUGUAAACACAAUAUGACAAAGAAUGAUUUUGGUUCAGUGACGGGGGAACUAGCUAUUUGCAUGUCAUGAGGUCUAAGGGAAACAAACUGACCUUCAACCUUCUUCUGCAGAGCCAAAAUCUGAUGGGAUCCUCAAAUAGCUCUGGCAGAUUCUGUUUAUUUUGGAUUUAACGAAUGCUUAUUUCUGUGAAAGCUAAUCUAUUUUCCCCCUUUAUUAUGCUACACAAGUCAUAAGAAGCAGCAGCUUGAAACCAAAUCUGAAGAACCAAAAAAUGACAAGCAAUCACUGCCAUUACUGCAUGGAAUCCCUUCUUGGCAGGAAGUAUGUAUUUAGAGAAGAGAAUUCUUACUGUGUUACAUGUUAUGAUGACCUAUUCGCUAACUCCUGUGAAGAAUGUAAGAAGCCCAUUGAAUGUGAUGCCAAGGAUCUCGCCUAUAAAGGCCACCACUGGCAUGAAGCAUGCUUCAAGUGUGCCAAAUGCAAUCACUCUUUGGUGGAAAAUCCUUUUGCUGCCAAGGAUGAGCUCUUGCUGUGUACUCAGUGUUAUUCUAAUGAGUAUUCAUCAAAGUGCUUUCACUGUCAGAAGGCCAUUAUGCCCGGUUCUAGAAAAAUGGAAUUUAAAGGGAGUUGCUGGCAUGAAACCUGUUUUGUUUGUCAAUACUGCCAGCAACCAUUAGGAACAAAGCCUUUGAUUACCAAAGACAAUGAGAAUUAUUGUGUACCAUGUUUCAAGAAGCAGUUUGCUCACCACUGCUGCUCCUGCAAGAAGAUGAUAACUACUGGUGGAGUGACGUACCACGACCAGCCGUGGCACAAAGAAUGUUUUCUGUGUGUUGGAUGUAAGAAGCAGCUGUCUGGGCAACGGUUUAUUUCCAAAGAUGACCAUCCAUACUGCCUAGACUGCUUCCAAAACCUUUAUGCAAAGAAGUGUGCGGCCUGCAACAAAACCAUUACUGCUCUUGGAGGUGCUAAAUUGAUCUCAUUUGAAGAGCGCCAGUGGCACAGUGACUGCUUUAAUUGUGUGAAAUGUUCCAUUUCGCUGGUGGGACAAGGAUUCCUCACACAGCAAGAUGACAUCCUCUGUCGUGAAUGUGGCUCUGCUGCAUAGUUAGAGAGAGACACGUUAUUUUUGCAUGCUGUAACCAAGUACUUCCUUACCCUGCAGUCAGAAAUUCAUUUAAAGGCCAUAAGAGUUAUUUAGUCAUUCAAGUUGCUUUCCAACAGCAGUUCAGUUCUAUCACAUUGCUCAGCUGCUACAUGCAUGCCCUAUAUCUUGUAAAAAGAUUUUUACACAGUUCUGGUUAAGAAAACAUUUCCAAAGAAAUUUCUAUAUAUAUUUUAAUGGAAAUACAGUAUGUUUGUCCUGGUAAAACAGUGCACUCUGCUGUUGGGAGCUUUAGAAUUUGAUAUUACAUAAUCCAAGAAUGACUAUGAAAAAAUCUAUAUUUGGAAGACAUAAUAGAUGACCUCAAUGAAGAAAACUUAUAUGAAUACUCUACUGAUGCAGACACUCAGGUGGAAAGUGGUGGUGGUGCAUUCCCCACUGGACCACAAUAUUUAAUCAGAACAAUGUUCCACAAUCUUAGAAAGUCAUCAAACAUAAUAUGUUAAGCAUGGCAAAAGAAGUAAUAAUAUUUCUUUUAUAUUGUGCAGAUACGAGUUUGAUAGAUAUCUCUGGCAUCUCAUUACAUAUGUCCUUUAUUAGUUGCUACUUACACUCUUCAAGUCUUAAAACACAAGUACGCUUUCACAAUUACACAAGCUUCAUAAUAUCGCAGCUAGGCCCUCAGUUCACUUCACUUUGUUCUUGUAUCUCACUGACUGACUGGCAAUGCCCCACCCCUUAUAUACCCCCAAGGGCAUGGUUGACAACAUUCUAGGAGGUUCAAGGAAAAUGUAGUUCUCAGAAAGUCUGGAAGGUUUCAUGAGAUUCUACAAAGGUCCAGAGGAGUCUAGAAGGUUAGUGAAUCCACAUAUGAAAUACCUGAAACAUUUUACUUCAAACAUUCUAUUUUUCCUUUUGUUGCUAACAACAAAAACAGCACCCCAAGUGCCCCCCACCCAAGCCUGGCACCCCCCAAGCCUGGGUUGCCUGCCCCUAAAUCUGGCGCUGCCUACCACUGAGGGUUGGUUUAUGCUCUGAAGCAUCAAAGCCUAUAUCCAUUCUUAACAAACAAACAAACAAAUAUCUGUUCCAAGACUAGUGAUUUGCAGAGCUGAACUACAGCCCCUUUACCAAAAUUAGCCAAAAUUUAGUUAAACUUUUUUUUUUUUUUUGCUUCGUCAACUUUUCAGGAUGUAAAUAAAUAAAACUACACUUUAAUCUGCCAUCAAAAUCAAUUAGCUCCC